UUUCUGCCCUAGAAUUUAUAAAACUAUAUAACCGAAAAAAAAAAAAUAGAUUAAAGUUUCUGAAAAUCUGUGGAACCAAAGAGAAUUAGUGAAUUAUUUGCAAGAGGAAAUGGCAAGGACAGUGGCUAGGAGUAUUGCAGCACCAUUGUUGUUUUUAAACUUAAUAAUGUAUUUAAUUGUGUUGGGUUUUGCUAGUUGGUGUCUCAAUAAGUACAUUAAUGGCCAAACUAAUCAUCCUAGUUUUGGUGGAAAUGGUGCAACAAUGUUCUUUCUAAUAUUUGCCAUAUUAGCAUCUAUGUUGGGAAUAAUAUCAAAAUUAAUGGGUGGAAAUCACCUAAGGGCAUGGAGAAAUGAUAGUCUUGCUGCUGCUGGUUCUUCUGCUAUUGUUGCAUGGGCUGUUACUGCACUUGCUUUUGGAUUGGCAUGCAAGGAAAUAAACAUAGGAGGAUGGAGAGGAUGGAGGCUUAGAGUUCUUGAAGGAUUUACUAUAGUCCUAGCAUUUACACAACUCCUCUAUGUUCUCCUACUCCAUGCUGGAAUGUUCAGUAGCCGUUACGGUCCCGGUUACCGGGAAACUGAAUACGGGGCUGCCGGAGGAGUACCACCUCCGGCGCCCGGAGAAAAAGGUGUAGGGGUACCUACAACAGGGGUAGUGUAAUGGGGAGUGCCAUAAUGUGCUUUGUAUGGUUAUGUUUGUAAAAAUAUCUAGAGAUGGGAGUACUUUUGGGGUGUACUAGCUGGAGAGUGUAAAUAAUGUGUUGUUUUAAUAAGGUUUGGGGUAUUUAGUGGUAAUGUUUUGGUUACCUACGAACUACUAUGUAAUAUGUAGGUAGAACCGGACAUGUGUUUUUGAGUUUUACUAUGAUAGUUUGAUUGGGUUUUUAAUUAA